CACUCCUCUCCUUGAAUAUGUAAGCAGUAACAAUUAUAUGUUUGAAUUUAGCUUUUGCACAUAAAAUGUUGGGAUUUCUUUUCAUGUUAUGAGAUGAGAUGCUCUGAACUGUGUGUUUAUAGCUGCUGCUUUCUGCCAUUUAUUUCUCUUUCCUGAGAUUUUGCACGACUUGUUUGAUAAUCCAUGUCCUUGUUUGAAGGGGGGACGUAAGACGUUACCUGGCAAAAAUGUUAUGGAAGAGCUUUUUAUCCUUAGCUUUGAGUUUGAUUUUCUCAUGUUUUAUAAUUUUAUAUAAUUUAUGACACUGUUUGAGCGCUUAUAGAAAAAACAAAGAGAGAAUACAUUUUCUGUUUAAUACUGCUCUUUUGCUCCUUCAUGUAUCAAAAACUACUUUAGAACGACUUUGUUUUAGUUUCACAGACAUGUCCUGUUUCUGAAGCUUGACAUGGGAUACGUUCUUUGCUGCUCCUUUUUACUAUUAUGGAGUGCCAUUCGUUAUUGGCUCUCUGUACAGUUACGAUAUGACUUGAAGACACGAAUGUUGUUCUGACAUAAAAAAAAUGAACUUCAGUUCAUAUCAUUGCACUUUGCGCAUUAUUAUGGACGCUGAAUAUAGUCCUCACAACUUUUGAAGUGUAAGCAUAAAGUUUAAUGCUUCGUUAUGACUUUGGUGUAUAGAUUCUUUUGUGAUUAUGAUGUUGGUUUAGUUUUGUUGGAUUGAUGCCUCUUCUGCAUUUACUUUCUUGUUCUCUCCACUUUGUUUUCGUUGGAUUCCUUGUUUUUGUGUAGUGUAAGCAAUCUGUACAGAAAGUGAGCAGGAGUUCUACUCGCCCGACGACCAGCUUCGUCGGGUUUUGAAGGGUAACUGGCAGGAGAAGCUGAUGAGACAUUUCUCUCUUGGAGUGGGAUCUUGGAUUUGGCAAGUGAAGAUAAAACUAGGGCUCUCCAUCUACAAAGCUUCUAUUCAACUGAUGAUGCUUCUAAAUGGAACCUCAGUUGCAUCAGCUGCCUUCAGAACUCAAGCAAGCAAAGGUUGAGAUGAGCUCGAGGCGGAGCAGUGGAAGUUGCACAAAAGGCAAGGGUGGUGGCAGCAACGGCAGUGGUGGACCGUGUGGGGCGUGCAAGUUUCUGCGGAGGAAGUGUACGCCAGAGUGUAUAUUUGCACCCUACUUUGACUCAGAACAAGGUACAACUCAUUUUGCAGCCGUACACAAAGUGUUUGGUGCAAGCAAUGUGUCGAAGAUGCUUCUACAUAUUCCUGAACAUAAACGGCUUGACGCAGCUAUAACUAUAUGUUACGAGGCACAAGCUCGAGUCAGAGAGCCAGUUCUCGGCUGUGUUGCUCAUAUUUUUGCCCUUCAACAACAGGCUGCAAGGUUGCAAAUAGAGAUCUCAUAUUUGCAAGGGUACCUAGCAACAUCUGAGCUUCCAAGACCCGCACCCCAUCUUCAGGCACAACCACCAGCUCUAGUCAAGAAGCCAACUCUAUCCUCAAUUGUAAGCCUUCCAUCAGAUUGCCCUUCAUUUCCGGCUGAAUCAGAUCUUUCUCUACUUCUUGAUCCUGUCGAGCAAGCUUCACAGGAAAAAUUGCAGUCUCCAUUGGAGUCGUACCAAAUUGGAAGCAACAAUUUCCCAUCCAUGGUCAGCAUUGAUCAACAAGUUGUCCAAAAACAACUGUCUUCGAUGCAACGCAUUGGUGCCUCGCUAUUUCCAAACGUCCCUAAACGAUCUUAA